GGACGAGAACAGAGGGGCGACUUCUGCUAAACACACUCCCCUUCCGUCUCUGUGUGAAACCUUGUCAGACCUUCGCAGACCUGCUUGGACUGAGCCUCGCUCCCCCUCCACUUCUGCCACUUUCACUUUCACAGCUGGCGAGCCGGUACCGAACAAGUCGUCCUCUUCCUGAAUGGAGACGGACAGCUUGCUCCGCGGGAAUGUGAACGGAGCCUCCGGGGAUUACGGCUCCGGGUCGGGCACAGGGCAUGGACGGGCCCCGGGCAGCAGACGGAUGUCGUACUCAGUCGCCGGGGAGUCGUGCAGUGUUGAGGGGCACACAGAUGAUGAGGACAUCUACAUCCAACAAGCUGUCGUGUUCAUUGAGGAUGCCAUACAGUACCGGUCCAUCAACCAUCGGGUGGAUGCCAGCUCGCUUCGCCUGUAUCGAUGGUACUACUCCAGGGUAUGCCAGUGGGGCUUGGGCCUAACCAUUGCAGUGGUGUUGUUGCUGGCAUUUGUUGAGCGCCCGUCCUCCCUCUCCGUCUCCUCUGACCCCCGAUAUCGCUCUCCACCCUGGGAGCCUCCAUGUGGCCUCACUGAGAGUAUCGAAAUGGUCUGCCUCAUUGUCUUCUCUCUUGAUCUUGCAGUCAAGAGCUUCUUGAUUGGCUGGGAGGAAUUCAGAAAGAGCAAAUGGCUGAUUGGCUACACAGUAGUCCUUUCAGUCUCCAUCAUUGACUGGGUGUUGUCUGUCAGCAUGGUGUGUGAUGAGAAACUGAGAGUACGGCGACUCCUGCGGCCGUUUUUCCUCCUGCAAAACUCUUCCUUGAUGAAAAAGACACUGAAGUGCAUUAAGAGGACUCUGCCAGAGAUCGCCAGUGUCAUCCUGCUGCUGGCGCUCCACCUCUGCCUCUUCACUAUGAUCGGCAUGCUGUUGUUUGCUAAAACUGAGGAUCCAAAGAAGAAUGAGGAGUGGAGAGUAUAUUUCAAAAACCUGCCCAAUUCCCUCACCUCUCUGCUGGUGCUGCUCACCACAGCCAACAACCCAGAUGUGAUGAUCCCUGCCUACUCCUUAAACAGGGGCUACUCCAUUUUCUUUGUCACCUUCAGUGUAAUCGGAACCUACUGUCUGAUGAACUUACUGACAGCCAUCAUCUAUAACCAGUUCAGGGGAUAUUUACUGAUGUCGGUCCAAACGUCCAUCAUCAGGAGGCGACUGGGGAUCAGAGCUGCUUUCCAGGUCCUCACCUGCCAAGGAGCUCAACAGACUGCUGAGGAGCGUGUGCGUGUUGUUGCAGUGCUGGAGGUCAUGUCCAGGGUCCAGAUGAAGAGCUACUACAGAGCAGCCAUCACCACGGAGGCACAGCAGUAUGCAGAUGUGGGCUUCAUGGACCGAGAGCAGUUCAGGAAAAUAUUUGAUGAACUUGAUAAAGAUCGCAUUAAGGAGCACCCUCCCUUGCCUCAGUACAGCUCCCCAGUUCUGCAGAGACUCCAGGUGAUCUUCAGUCACUACUAUCUCACUAUACUUGGCAAUGCGGUGGCACUGGCCAAUGUCAUGUGCAUAUUUACUGUCCUGGUAUUGAACUCUGAAAAGUCCACAGCAGAGAGAAACAACUACAUCAUGGAGAUCAUCAACCUGUGCUUCAUCCUCUAUUACCUGUUUGAAAUGUGUGUGAAGAUCUUUGCCUUUGGCUGGAGAGGGUACCUGUCCUACAGGAACAACAUCUUUGACGGCUUCCUCACCAUCAUGUUAUUGGUCAUACAGAUCAGUAUAUAUGCCACCUACAGGUUUCCUUAUUCCCACUGGGACCCAUCCUCUCAUGGUGUAAUGUCUCUAUGGGAGAUGGUUCGUUUGGUCAACAUGCUGAUUGUCUUCCGCUUCCUGCGAAUCAUCCCAGAUAUUAAGCUCAUGGCUUUGGUUGCAAGUACACUGCUGGACCUGGUGAAAAACCUCAGAGCCUUUGCAGGGAUACUGGUGGUAGUGUACUAUGUGUUCGCUGUGUUUGGGAUCUGGCUGUUUGAGGGAUCCAUUAAACCUCCUCCAGAGAUGAGUGUGCUGUCCAACACCACCAUGGAGAACAUCACCUCUAACUUCAGCAUGGAGUGUGGCACCUAUGAACAGCUGGGCUACUGGCCAAAUAACUUUGAUGACUUUGCUGCAUCUAUCAUUUUGCUGUAUGACGUCAUGAUCGUCAACAACUGGCAGGCCUUCAUGGAUGCAUAUAGCAGAUACACCACAGAGUGGGCCAAGAUCUACUUUGUGUGUUGGUGGCUCACCUCCUCUGUCAUGUGGGUCAACUUGUUUGUGGCGCUCAUCUUAGAGAACUUCAUCUAUAAGUGGGACCGCAGUCACAGCUGCUCUGUAACAGAUGUGGAGAGAAUCAGAUAUGAAACCUCUGUUCAGCUCAUGUUCAAAGCGCAGAUCCAGGAGCCCACAGAAGAGGAAUUACUUUGUCAACUACACCAACACCCUCACUUACACCUACAAUGGCCAGACACACACACACACGCACAGAGCACCAGCACUUAUCUGCAAUAACAAGUCAAGACUGUUACUAAAUGACUGUGGUGGAAGCACUGAGAGGUCAAAAUGACAGUGUUCUACUACCAGUGUAUUUUAAUUUGUAAUAUUGUAAUAUGUGAUUACGUCUACUGAAAGCAGUAGCAGGCACAAGUUCCUACUGUUUGUCAUGAGUUAAACCACUGCAGUUUCAAUGGUACAACAUUUUCUCAUUCGUAGAGGCUCUCACACGUGUGUGUGUGUGUGUGUGUGUGUGUGUGUGUGUGUGUGUGUGUGUGUGUGUGAGCAUGUGUGAGCAUGUGUGUUAGGAAGAACCUCCACAGUUACCGGGUAAACCACUAAAUUCAAGAGGUUUUAUUUUUUUAAAGUUUGGGUUUUGCAUUGCAAUUGUUCAACCACAAAAAUUCGAAGCAUAUUCUCUCAUCACACUCUGGUAUAUUAAUAAAAAAUGUAUGACAA